UUAAGCCUCUUCGGAUGUUGGGAGAGAUGAGGCUGGGAUGAUGCACUUGAUAUCCUUCAAGCUGUGAAAAGUAUUCCAGCCAGUGAUACUGGAGACAAUGGAAUCGAUGUUGUUAAAUACAUAUUGACAGCAUGUUACACUUGAGGUGGCCUCUGCAGUGUGCGGGAGCAGGCCAUGCGGCUGUUAUAUCAGCUUUGCUGCAGAAUGGUGCUGAUGCUAAUGCUUCAGAUUCAGAAGGAGAUAACGCAUUGCAUAUAGCUUGCCGUGAAGGUCAACGAGGCACUGCACUUGUGCUCCUUACUGAGUCACAGUUGGAUGCUGAGGCAGUAAACCUGAAAGGGAGAAAUCCUCUGCAUGAACUUGCAGGGGCAUCAGAGGACACUGCAGCUGGAAUUGCUGAAUUGUUCAUAGAAUUUAUUCCACAUUAUCCACUUGACAAACCAGAUUUUGAUGGCAACACAGCUCUUCUUUUGGCAUACAUGGAAGGCAACGGGAAUUUAUGCCAUACUCUGGUGAGAUUUGGAGCUAGCCUUGGCACUAUGAACAAGGAUGGUGUUACAAUUUUCGACUCCCAAGGUUCAACAAAGGAGCUUCUUCGUAGUUUGCUGGAUAAUUUAUCCCAGGAGCCACAUUUUACAGAAGGUGACAUUUGCUUGAAGUGUGGAAUUAAAUUUGGAGUGAGCAUUCAUAAACAUCACUGCAAUCACUGUGGGCGAAUCCUGUGCAGCAAGUGUUCAGACAGAGCUGUACCUAUCCUGAAGUUUGGAUUGAACAAACCAGUUAGAGUGUGCACUGUAUGCUUCAGUGUGUUACAGGGACCUGGUUAGAAUGAAGUACUUCUAUUCACUUUCCCCCAAUUCCUUUGUGUAUAUAAUGUCAACAUACAGUAAUGUUGUUUUCUCUGAUUUGCAUUUGCUGGCUGGAAUAAUGUUGCUUGGAAUUAAUUGUUAAUUACUGAAAAAUCUAAGAAUGUUAAUGCAUUUUGAUUAGAAAGAUGUGUGUGUGUGUGUGUGUGUGUGUGUGUGUGUGUGUGUGUGUGUGUGUGUGUGUGUGUUCAAGAUAGGGGAGCCUUAUUUCAUUCCCGCUCUUUUUCCUUGUACAGGGUGGGGCAAAUAAAGUGGCCUGGAUGAAUGGAUAAAGUUAAACAUGAAGGUAUGCAUAUAAUGACGCCCCCAAUGCACACACUACGUGUAUGUCUGCCACAUGAUCCACACUGGUUCAGAGAGUAGUGUGCGCUGUGUGUGUGUGUGUGUGUGUGUGUGUGUGUGGGUAGAGAAGUGCAAAGGGGGGAUGAUGGUACUCACAGUGGAGCAGCAGGUGUUCAUUGUGGAAAGUUACAUGAGAACAAAUUUGUGGAAAUAGUGUACCAUGCAAUGCAUAGUCCAAAAAUAGCAUCUGACAAGAUCUGUUUUGAAAAAGUCAAAAAAACAUUCUGAAACAUGCCCGCACACCAGAAAAUGAUUGAGUCCUAACAAAUCAACCCAGCGGCUGUGUUUCUUUGUGCCUUGGAACUAUGUUCUCCAGUCCACUUCUAUUUGUCCCACCCUUUUUCUUACAAUAGCGAAAUUGUAUUUAAUUAUAUUAAAUAGUUGGAAAAUAUAUUACAUACUUUUGAAACAAU